AUGGGGUUAGCCCUAGCCCUGGUCCUUCCAUCCCAUGCACAAAGCUCGCAACAGGACUACGUCAAUGCUCACAAUACAGCUCGAGCACAAGUUAAUGUUGGACCGAUGACUUGGGACAACAUGGUGGCUGCCUAUGCUCAAGACUAUGCGAAUCAACGUAUCGGAGAUUGCAGACUUGUACACUCCAGAGGUCCUUAUGGCGAGAACCUUGCAUGGAGCAGUGGUGACCCUUUAGGCAUUGAUGUUGUGACAUUGUGGGUUGAUGAGAAGGCCGACUAUAACUAUGACACUAAUACUAGCGCUCUGGACAAGGUGUAUGAUAAGAACCCAAACAAAAUCAACCCAAAACUUAAGCAACACACAACAGAACACACAACAUAA